AGCUAGCUGAAGUGUGAUUUUCCAGUUGUAUAGGAUAUCUAUAAAAAAUAGCUUAUAAAAGGCGCAAUGGAUAUCCCACCAGAAUCUAUAGAUCAUGGCUAAUUGUUUUGUUUAUUUUCGUUAUAGUGGGAUCCCUAUUUUUGUUUAUUCAAAGUAAUAAAGUUAACAGUAAUGCACUACCAAAAUCAAUGCGCCAUUUCGCAAAAGACCUCUACCCCGAUGAUCAAAAAACAGCCACCCAGAACAAACCUAGAGACUUUUGUGAAGUAGUUCACAUCGGCGUGGUUUGUUCCGGCUUUACUUCAAACGUUUAUUUUCACGUGCUAUUAAAAAGUCUACUAAUGUCCAGGGCCAAUCCUAUACAUUUUCACCUUUUAGUUAGUGAUGAGUCAGAUACAGUACUCAGAUGGUUGUUCAAAACGUGGCAGCUACCUCAAGUAAACAUAACGUUUUAUAAUAUGAACCUCUGGUUGAAAGAUGUCCGUUGGGUACCAAAUGGGCAUUAUUCAGGAAAUUAUGGAUUACUCAAAUUAAUAUUUAAUAGAAUUGUUCCUUCAAAUGUGACUACCAAGCUUUUAAUUCUUGAUACUGAUCUUCUUGUAAAUGAUGAUAUUUUUAAUUUGUGGAAACAUUUUGAUAAUUUUAACUACAAACAAGUAAUAGGAAUUGGAGAAAAUCAAAGUCCUUAUUAUUUAGGGCAGUCAAACAAAGCAAAUCCCUGGCCAGCUAUAGGAACUGGUUUUAAUUCUGGAGUAAUGCUUUAUAACUUGGAAAGGCUAAAUUCCAUGAAUUGGGACGCAGUUUGGGUGAAUUUGACCAAACGAUUCACUCUUAUUUAUGGACAAGUAAAUUUAGGAGAUCAAGAUAUUAUAAAUUCUGCAAUAAUGGAAAAUCCAGACAUCCUUUACCAACUACCAUGCUACUGGAACACUCAAAUGAGCGGUCAAUCUACUAGUAGUAAUUGUUACAGUAAAUAUAAACCAAAAAUAGUACAUUGGAAUUCACCUCAAAAAUAUUCGGUGGCCACAAAAGAUGGUGAUAUGUUCAGAGGUUUUGCCAAUUCAUUUUUUGAAUUAAACGGUGACUGGUUUAGGAGUUAUCCUCGAUUAUGUGACAAUGGCAAUCAAAUUCCAAAUAUUUAUGAUUCCACAGAAGACUGUGCCACUUUCACUAAACCUCCAGGAUUAUUCUAUCGCACUCACCUAUUUUUCCUCGAAUAUAAAUUUAUUGCGGACGAAUGGGAUAUUUCCUAUGUAACGCAUUUAUCCUAUGACAGAGCUCAUCGCAUGGAAAGUAUUGCUAAAAUAUGGACUGGACCUAUUAGCUUUACUUUGUACGUAAGCGAUGCGGAAUGGACAAAUAUUAUUCGAAUUAUUACAGAUUCGGAAGUGUUGAGUAGUCGUACAGAUAUUGCCUAUCACGCUGUGUUUAAACAAGGAAAAUUUUAUCCAAUAAACACACUUAGAAAUACAGGCCUAAAUCAUAUUAAAACACCUUACUCAUUUUUGAUAGACAUUGAUUUUACACCUAUGAGGUCACUGUUUGAAAUUUUAAAAGAAAAUAUUAAAAGUAUUGGAGACCUUAAAAAAAAGGCUUUGAUUGUGCCGGCCUUUGAAGCAAAAGAACCCAAUAUAGGGCUACCAAAAAGCAAAAUUGAAUUAUUGAAAUUGGUAGCAAAAAAUGAAAUCAAGCCAUUUUUAGCUGACACUUGGUCUGUUGGACAUGCGCCCACUAAUUAUGAAAAAUGGAAAACUGAAUACCAACCAUAUCAAGUGAAAUGGCAGCCGCACUAUGAACCCUACAUAGUAGUAAAAAGUAAUGUGGUUCAAUAUGACGAAAGAUUUUUGGGAUUUGGUUGGAACAAAGUUUCGCACAUAAUGGAACUGGAAGCGCAAAAUUACGAAUUCAUCGUGCUCUCGGAUGUUUUCAUUUUGCAUGAAACCCAUGCAAUGAGUAAUGAUAAUUUGAAUUAUAAACGGAUGCCUCUUUAUAGAAAAUGUAUUCAAACUCUAAAAAGAAGACUUGUCCAAGGCCUAUCGAAAAAAUACAACAAAACCUUCACCGACAUAAAUUUUUUUGAUGAAUACAAAAGGAAAAGAAGAAAACGCAAUUUAGCUGGAGAAUCUACAACAACCUUGUAUGACAGCACCGAUUAUUUUCUAGCUUGGGGUGGCAAGGAAAAGGCGGAACGCAAAAAAGAACCAAGAAAAAGAAUCACAAACACAAAUUCUUCCAAUAAUAAAGAAGUAAGUUCUAAUUCCAAAGAAAGUGACAAAUCAGUUGCUGUAGAAUAUGAUUAUUAUUACUACGAUAGCAUACAUCCUUAUAAUUUGACAAUUUUGAAACGAAACGAAACAAAACAUAAAUUUCAAAGGAAAAUAAAUAAUUUGACUUUAAGCAGCGAAGAACAUGAUUAUGAAUAUGACGACGAUGAUGUUAAAUUCAGAGAUUUACAUGAUAGUACUACAUCGGCAGGUUUCAAUGAUAGUUUUACAAUUUUUGUGGAUGAAAUUGAAGAGAAACUUUCUUGAGAAGGGACGAGAUUGGAAAAAUUUAAACUGGAACAAAAUACAAAAGUAUUUAGUGCAAGGAGCACGAUUAUAGAAGAUUUGAAAUAUUAGGAAUAAUAUAGUAGUACCUACUACUACAAGCGCCAAAAAUUGAACAAAUAAUCGACUAUUCGAUCAACUUUAUUGUAUUAUGAUUUUUCUUUUGUUGGAAAGUGGUAGAGCUUUCUCAUUAUUCUGGCAAUUCCUGUCAUUAUUGUCCUUUAAGUUUUUUCAUUUGUAGUUUAAGAAUCUCUAUAUUUGAAUGUUAAUGAUUUUGGUUGAAAACUCUUUCAAUUUACCUAAUGCAUCAAAAUUCUAGAACAACAUUAAAUCCAAUAACAAUAAUUGUUUAUUUCUUAUUUGUUAGUUAUUAAAAAUACUAUAUUUUUUUUUUAGGCUGUAAGACCAAAAAUGUAUUAUUUUAGAUUAUUGUUUGUUG